CAGCGCCCGGGGAAGCCGGGCCGGGAGCCGCGGGGGCAUCCGGGUGCUGAAGAGGAACAUGAAGCGCAAUGGGAGCAGAAACUGCUUGAACAGGAGGAGUCGGUUUGGCUCCCGUGAGAGAGACUGGCUGAAAGAGGAUGUUGGGCGAGGCUGUGUAUACAUUUAUGGAGCAGACUCUGCAACUUCAACCUCUUCUGACCUGCACUUGGUCCUUUGUAAGGUGGAUACCCUGGCAUCCGAGAUCUGUGAUGGAGAGGGUAGGGAGAACCUCUAUUUGCAGCUCCAUGGAGACCUGGUCAGGAGGCUGGAGCCCACAGAAAAACCCCUUCAGAUUGUGUACGAGUACUUGGCUGGGCUCGGCUUUGAGGAUCUUGUGAGAAUACAGGAAGAGGCAGCAAACUCUGAUCUCAGCUGCAUGAUUCGCUUUUACAAUGAAAAGCCAUGUCAAGUGGAGCAACUAGACCGAAUCCUUCUGUCUGGGGUCUAUAAUGUGCGCAAAGGGAAGACACAGUUGCACAAGUGGGCAGAACGCUUGGUCAUUCUCUGUGGCACCUGCCUCAUCGUAUCCUCAGUGAAGGAUUGCCAUACAGGAAAGAUGCACAUUCUGCCUCUUGUUGGAGGGAAGGUGGAAGAAGUGAAACGUCGGCAGCACUCGCUUGCUUUCAGCUCCGCUGGUGCACAAGCUCAAACCUACCAUGUUUGCUUUGAAACGCUAUCAGAGUACCAGAGAUGGCACCGGCAGGCAUCCACGGUGGUGUCUCAGAGACUCAGCACAGUUGAUCUGUCUUGUUAUAGCCUCGAGGAGGUACCUGAGCAUCUCUUCUACAGUCAAGACAUCACCUACCUCAACCUGCGACACAACUUUAUGCGACUGGAUGGAUCAGGGGGUCUUGACUCUCUUUGCAGGUUCUCUCAGUUGAAAGGCCUGAACCUGUCCCAUAAUAUGCUGGGGGAGCUUCCUAUAUUACUGUGUGAGAUCUCCACUCUGACUGAACUCAACAUUUCCUGUAAUGGGCUUCAUCACCUGCCAAGCCAGAUUGGCAACCUGUUCAAUCUCCAGACCUUAUGUCUUGAUGGGAAUUUCCUCACCUCCUUGCCAGAAGAGCUGGGAAACCUGCAGCAGCUCUGCUCCCUCGGGCUUUCCUUCAAUAACUUCAGUGAGGUGCCAGUGGUCUGUGAGAAACUCACUACCUUGGACAAACUGGCCAUGGCAGGGAACCAGCUGGAAACCCUGAACCUUGGAGUGCUGAACAGGAUGAGCCACAUCAGAUAUGUGGAUCUUAGGCUGAACCACCUGAGGAGAUUAUCUGUUGACAGCCUGGAGGGGAACAAAUCUGUGACCCACAUGGAUUUGCGAGACAAUCAGCUGACUGACCUGGAUCUGAGCUUCCUUGGCUGUCUGGAGCAGCUGCACUGUGAGCGGAAUCAGCUGAGGGAACUGACUCUGAGUGGCUUCUCCCUUCGGGCCCUCUAUGCCAACACCAACUGUCUGAUGACUGUAAAUGUUUAUCCUGUCCCUAGUCUGCUGACCUGCCUAGAAAUCUCCCGUAACCAGCUGCUGUGUAUCCCUGACUGGGCCUGUGAAGCAAAGAAACUUGAGGUUUUGGAUAUGAGCUACAAUCUCCUCACAGAGCUUCCAUCAAGGACCCUGAGUAGUUUGAGUCUUCGGAAGUUGAUGGUGGGACACAACCAUGUGCAGAGCCUUCCACCUCUGCUGGAACACAUUCCCCUGGAGGUGCUGGACCUCCAGCACAACCUGAUCACUGAACUCCCGGAGAUGUUCUUCCUCAAGGCUCGGAAUCUCAGGUACCUGAAUGUAUCUGCCAACAGCCUGGAGUCCUUGCCAUCUGUUUGCCCUGGGGAAGAGAGUCUCAGCGUGCUGCAGCUACUUUACUUGACCAAUAAUAACCUCACAGAUCUGUGCAUCCCUGACCUGGUGGGACACCCAGACUUACGGGUCCUGCACCUGGCAAACAACCAACUGCAAACCUUCCCUGCAAGCAAACUGAGCAAACUGGAGCAACUGGAAGAGUUGAACCUGAGUGGCAACAAGCUGAAGACGAUUCCUACAACGAUAGCAAACUGCAAGCAGCUGCACACACUUAUUGCACACUCAAAUGAGAUCAGUAUCUUCCCAGAGAUCCUGCACCUACCUCGUAUUCAGUUUGUAGACUUGAGCUGCAAUGAACUAACAGAAAUCAUGAUCCCUGAGGUGCUGCCAGCUACCUUGCAGGAGCUGGACCUGACUGGAAACACGAACCUGGUGCUAGAACACAAGACCCUGGACAUCUUCAGUCACAUUUCCACCUUGAAGAUUGAUGCCAAGCCCUCCCUCACGGCAGACUCAGCACUCUCCUCUACGCUUUGGAAUCAUGGGUUAGCCGAGAUGGCUGGCCAGAGGAAUAAGCUCUGUGUGUCAGCCCUGGCUCUGGGGAGCUUUGCCGACAGUGUGGAAGCUGUGUACGGCAUGUUCGACGGUGACAAGAAUGAGGAGCUGCCUCGUCUCCUGCAAUGCACUAUGGCAGAUGUGCUACUGGAGGAGGUGCAGCAGUCAAACAUAGACUCUGUUUUCAUGUCUAACACCUUCCUGGUCUCCCACAGGAAGCUGGGGAUGGCUGGCCAGAAGCUGGGCUCCUCUGCUGUUCUCUGCUAUAUUCGACAUGAUGCUACUGAUCUGGCUGGCAGCUUCACUCUGACAUUGGCCAAUGUGGGCACAUGCCAAGCUAUUCUGUGCCGCAGUGGAAAGCCCCUGCCUCUUUCCAAAGUCUUCAGCCUGGAACAAUAUCCUGAGGAGGCCAGGAGAGUCAAGGUGCAAAAAGCCAUCAUAACAGAGGACAACAAGGUUAAUGGUGUUACCUGCUGUACUCGGAUGCUAGGCUGCACGUACUUACAUCCUUGGAUCCUGCCCAAGCCUCAUGUCUACUCCAUUCCCCUGACUGUGGAGGAUGAGAUGCUCCUACUGGGGAACAAAGCCCUCUGGGAACACCUCUCUUAUACAGAGGCAGUCACGGCUGUACGCCACCUGCAUGACCCACUAGCUGCUGCAAAGAAGGUCUGCACUUUAGCCCAAAGCUAUGGCUGCCAAGACAAUGUGGGAGCAAUGGUGGUGUGUUUGAACAUUGGUGAGGACAGCUGCACAUGUGAGGUGCACGGCCUCACCUUGCCGGGCCCUGGGGGAGUUAUUUCCACUGCCAAACCAGCAACGCCUUCCUCCAGUAGUGGAAUUGCCUCAGAGUUCAGCAGUGAGCUGUCAGCCUCAGAAGUCAGCAGUGAGGUGGGAUCCACUGCAUCAGAUGAGCACAGUGGAGCUGGUCUGGAUGCUGGGUUGGUGCCUCGACCCGAGCGACGCUGCAGCCUCCAUCCCGUGCCCCCCUCCAGUAUCUUUCAGCGCCAACCUUCCUGUGCCACAUUCUCAAGUAAUCAGUCUGACAAUGGGCUGGACAGUGAUGAUGAGCAGCCUGUGGAGGGUGUGAUGACCAAUGGCAGCAAAGUGGAGGUGGAAGUGGACAUCCACUGCUGUCAAGGAAAAAGCCUGGAGCCUGUGCCUCCUGGUGCUGAGGAGGGAUCUCCUGCUGCAGGCUCAGAGGAUGACUCUGGGGGGCUCUUCUUCAGGAUUUGGAGACAGAACAGCAUGAAUAGCAACAUCCUCCUGGCAGGAACCAAGGAGAGGUGCGAGUUGCAGAAGUCUCCUUCUACAUGCUGUCUCUAUGGGAAGAAGCUUUCCAAUGGCUCCAUAGUGCCUCUGGAGGAGAGCCUCAACCUUAUUGAGGUAGCCACAGAGGUGCCGAAGAAGAAAACAGGUUAUUUUGCUGCUCCUACCCAGCUGGAGCCAGAGGAUCGAUUUGUUGUGCCCCCUGACCUGGAAGAGGAAGUGAAGGAGCAAAUUAAGCAGCACCACGAGAGUGGUGCAGAGCAGGAGCCCAGUGAGAAGGCUGCAAUGGCUCCUCCAGAUGAGUUUGACACCGCUUUGUAACCCCACCGGGCCACUCCAUAGUGUAGGGGAGUUGGCAUCUGCAAGGAAAGGAACUCCUUAUUGGAGUGGAGGAUAAGCCUGGAGCUUUAUACUCAGGGCUGCCAGCUUCUUGACGCAGCAUCCCUGCUGUUCUGUGAGCCCAGGGUACUCAGGCCAGCAACCAAGCUCCAUGCUGGGGAUUGUCUGGCAUUUGAGAAGGCAGACUUCCCUAUGUGUGGUCCCACCACCCUUGCCCUCCUGAGGAAUUGCCAGGCAGUGGGCUGGUUUCUGUGUGGGAGCUGAGGAGGCAGCUGUGGUUAUGCACAGCAUCCAGAGUUCUGUGAAGUAUUUGAUUCAGCCAUCAUGAUGGGACUGGUCACUUGGCUUUACUAUUCAGAGAAUAUAGCCUGUCACAAUGAAGCUUACUAGAGACACAGAACCAUUCAGAGAAUUGAUUCUUAUAUGCAACGCAAGCACUUUCAUUGACUGCACUCGAGCCAUUUUGCUCCCCAUCUGCCCAGCACUUUACUAUUUAGGGAGGGGGGCUUCACAACGGGUAUUAUGGGGGGAUUCCUCCACAUGGGAAUUGAUGCCCUACUGAUAGGUACAUCCAGGGGCACUGGGGGAGCUGAGGUCGUUUUGUCACUACUUGUUCUGAGGUUAUCCAGGGGCUUCCUUCCAACCUGAAGGAUACAACUGGGGCAUGCGGGUUGGGGGCCCCCAAUGACAGAUAUGACCAUGGGGCAUGGAGGAGUUCCAGGAGGGGUUUGGCUGUCUCCAUAACAAAUAUAAUAAUGGGGUGGGGUGGGGCUAGUGUGUACAACUAUAGGGGAUAGGGGGUUGGCCACCCCCCUGGUGUGCACUUCAAGGCAGAGCCUUCCAUAUCCACGAGACAUGGGAUGAAGCCAGAAUCCCCUGCAAAGCACAGAGUCUGUGCUGUGUGUGGUGCCCUUAGCUGGCAGAAGCUAAGAAGUGUGAGUGGGGAGUCUUCAUCUUGUCCAUCAGGGUGUUUGGUUUGUAGCAGUAAAGGCUAGUGAGCCGCCAGAGUGCCCUGCAUGUGCUGAGAAGGUCUCUGAUGGUCCAUUUCACAUGCACUCCCUCUAACACACACUGCAAAAUAUGAAGCCCCUACACUGAAGCAGCAAAAGCACCCUUGCCUGUCUCAGCAGAAUCAGAGUCCAGGGCUGCCUGUGCUCCAGCUGCAAGUGCCCAGACCAGGAAGUGAACAAGAUGAAGCUGUGUGGUUUCUGCUUAGUUUUAAACUCAAAAUGGAAAAUGGAACUUUUCCCAAAUACAAACAUUUUUAUCAGCACACUCGAGGAAAAAGGACUUUAGAACAACUCUGGAGAGUAGCAGUGAGCUGCCCAGCGCCCAGUUGGCAAAUGUGUUCCAGUUUCCACCUUCAGGGCCUGGAUGGGCCAGUAUGCAGUGUGGUGCCCUGAUAGCACUUUUCUGUCUGUUUUUCCAGGAUUUAAGCAUUCAUCUUUACAAAAGGGUUGCAAAGACAGCCUUCCAUCUGUGAUCCAGGCAGAUCAUCUUCCUGAGUCUGCAGCCCGGGAGCUGGGAACAAUAGCUCUGAGGUGGGAGCUGCCUCUGUAAUCUCAGGGUAUUGUCUACACUACAAUUAAACAUCUGCGGCUGGUCUGCGUGGGCUCCAGAGCUAUUUAUUUGCAGUGUAGACGUUCAGGUUGGGGGACCCCACAAGGAGGGAGGGUCCCAGACCUGGGCUCCUGCCCGAACGCAAACAUCUACACUGCAAUUAAACAGCCCCGAGCCCUGUAAGCCUGAGUCAGCCCUAUACGGGCCAGCCCCAGGUGUUUAAUUCCAGUGUAGACAUAACCUUAGUGGUAUGACAACACUGAUAGCCUCAUUAUGACAUUAUAUGGGACUAGUGCCCUUUCUUGUUGUUUUUACUUAUUUCUUAUGUCUAGGAAGAAAGUCUGAAAGGUUUUUCCAAAAGAGUUCUGGGCUUUUGGGGUGAGUUUUAUUUUGUUUUGUGUGUUUAUUUUUUGCUUAUCUUUUAUAUCAGAAAUUCAGGUCUUGUCUGACCUGGAAUACUCAAUGUACAACUAAAGAACUAGUGGGAUUCUGACAUCAUAGAUCCUGUGAGAAAACUUGAUAGCGGGGAAGUGGUUAUUAUUCAGAAUGUAAAACCCCUUGGCGUUGUCUUCACUAGGAAAAAAAAGUAUUUGCAGUGCUGCUAGUGCAGACACCCUAUGCCGACGGAAGAGAGCUCUCCUGUCAGCAUAAUAAAUCCACCUCUGCAUGUCGCCAACAUCAUGCUGUCCACACUGGUGCUUAGGUCGGUGUAACUUACAUAGCUCAGGGGAGUGGCAUUUUCACACCCCAUAGCGACAUAAGUUAUACUGACAUACGUGCUAGUGUGUACAAGCCCUAGGAUUUCACCUUGGUUUAAUUACCAUGUUAACUAAUGUCAUAAAAAACCGCCUGUUUCCCAUAGGGUGGUCUCACCCUUUGAGUUUUGUUAAUACCUAUUUUAACUUAGAAGUUGGGAGAAAACCUUUUUGUUAAAGAUUCGAAAUCUCUGCUAGUUCUGUCAAUCUAGAGAGAAUUAAGGGUUAAGAGCACUCCCACCCUGUCUCUGAAUUAUCCAAGGAGUCCACAGUGAAAACAGGAAGAACAAAAAAAUCCUUUAAAAAAACAAAACAAAACAAACCUUUCAGGUUCUCUUCCUAAAAAGAAGCAAAAAUUGCAGGUCCCUUUAAUUCUUGCACUACCGAUAAUUUUAACAAACUUCUGAGCCAGCCCAAUAGUCUCAGAAGCACUACAGAAGAGCUGCAGUGCAGCCUCUUGUACAGUCUUGGACUAAUGCACUGACAUGAAAAUGUGCCCCUCUUCCUGAGUAAGAAUGUGAAUCAAAUCCUUGCACUAGUACACUAGUAUUUGUUAUUACAAAUAAGGUUCUGUAUUGGAAUCCUUGCACUGAUGUGGAAAAUCCAGCACAUGUCUCCGACUAGUAAUUAGAUUCUGAUUAUGCUAUCUGGGCUCCAACUAGCCAGGGCUGUGAGGGAGUGUUUGCAGCUGUCAUUGAGAGGACUGAUUUAUCAGCUCUAUAUGACUCAGUGGGAAAAGUGCAGGAGAAAGCAAAACAGAAAGUUCAGAUGAAGUGUAUAGAUACAGAGCCUCCCAUUUCCUACAGCCCCCUGGAAGCUGUGGAGUGGAGCUGCUGAAGUGAAGGCUAAUUGUGUACAGUGAUCAGCAGUUAGGAUUUUCUCUAAUCCUACGUAUUUGGAGCAGAAAGAGGUUUUAAUGUGACCAGCUCCCUCCCUCCGAAUCCUGUACACUCAUUGGUUAGUGGCAGUGUCCUUGCACAACAUGGCAUGUUAUCAUAAACGCCAAUCAGAACACAGGGCUUCCUCUUGCUCUGAUACAUUGUUCUAACACACCUCUUAUGAGAAGAGUGUUUAAUUCCAGGCUGCAGUGUGAGCUGCCUCCUCUUCCUGUCCUCUUGAUUUCCUGCUUUCCAGGGGCCAGCAAGCUUCUUCCUUGUCUUUCCCAACUUACUUCAUUUUCUUAUAUUUUCAAGCUCCUUAGGAAUCCUGUCACCCGUGUGGGGACAGGCUGGGCUGGUGGGGGCAGCCCUAGUGAUGGGCUCUCAGAUGAGGGUGAGGCAAAAUACAAAGAAAGAGGAGUUUUCCAUGCUUAUUUCAAUUUCUGUCUGACCACAGUUCUCCAUAGCCUCUUCUUUUCCCUGAUGGUGAUUUCAGGCCAUUGCACAAUUGCUAUCAUCUCUGCAGGAGUGCAGCAGUGAAAGAUUCCCAGUAAACACAACCUUAGUAUAGAAGAGGGUUUCUUGACCUGGGGGUUGUGGCCACUCUCCCCUUCUUCUAGUAAUAAAAAUAUGGAAAAGGUUGAGAAUCACUGUCCUAGAGCAUCUGUGUAAUAAGGAGACUGUCCAUGGAAGAGAAGUUGGAGCUGCCGCUUUCCCGGUGGGGGGAGCUACAGUUUUCCAGUUAGUAUUAUUCCAUGUGUCAAGUCUCAAGUAAUUCUCUUCCUCUUGGUGUGCACUUUCAACAGCAGCAGAUACUCCUAAGGCAGUAACUUAUCUGCUUUACUUGUUCAAUAAGGUUCCAGUAGAAGGAACUAAUGAACAAAAUAUCUGAUAUAAAAGCAAACUAAUUCCAAGGCAAAAAGUAUUGAGGAUAAGAAAUUCUUAGCCAGUUAGCAGCCUCCAAACUGCUCCCAGCUGCCUAGAGUAGGUGAGGCUGAGGCUGCCUGAUAGAAACUGCCGAGACUUCUAAACUGUGGGGCCAGGGUUAAUUUCAUUCCAGAAUGUGGCAAGCACUUAAGGAUACUCUCUCUGUCAUGGGGAUAGGUUGCUGUUAAGAUCUACCCCCCUUUCUCUAGUUUACAGAACAUUCAGCCACAUCUACCAGUCCUCAUAACCCAGGAGUUUCUCCACUCUCCUGGAGGAUGUAGGUUAUGUGCCAAAGGGCCUUCAGGCAGUGGGCUCACAUCAUAGUUUUUGUGCAAUCAUUGUCCGCUGUUCUAUUGCAAUCUUCAGACUUGUGUAUUUUUGAUAUUUUUGAAAUGUGUUAACUUUUUUAACCUGUCACAUGAGCUAGAGCAUGUUAAAGAUAAAUUGCAACAAAACUAUUUUUCAUGCCUUUGUUUUAAAAUGAAGCGUAUACUAUUUUAUGACUCUAGCAUGCAGCUAUAACAAUACUCCUCUUUCAUUGUGUGUGGAAGUAGAUUGUUAUACUGAAUGCACCUUCAGCACCGCACCCAAUGUAUGUGGGAGCAAAAGAAGGAAGAUCCUUCGGGUUAAAAUGUGAUUCCAUUGAUUCUUUACUAAGAUAUACAGAACAGUUCAGAAAGGAAGAAUAUUUUUGAUCCACUUUUCAGCGGACAU